AUGCUUUUCUACGUAAUGCAGGGCUUCUCGACGCGAAAGCCCGAGGUGAUGCUGGGAAAGGGCCACGGCAGAGGAAGGCAGUUCCAUGUGCUGCCAGCAGACAGGACGAUUUGGAUUGGUGGAUUGCUUCCAGGGUCACUGACAAACAACAAGAAGCUGCAGGGUCCACGUCCCACUCGCCGACGUUGGGUCCAUGGCGUCCCAGGUGUUGAGCCUCAUGGGGAGGCCAGCCAUGUGUCGGCUCUGCAGAAGGAAAUCGUGGAGUUACGAGAGGAGCUUGCAAAGGCUGAAAGCGAGAAGGACAGGCAAGUCGCAUUGCGCGACCAAGAGAUUCUUGAGCUCAAGAGGCAGCUCCAGGCACUGCGUGCAGAUGGGAAGCAGAAGGAGGGUGGGAAGGAAGGAUGUCUGAGCCUUGCCGAGCACAAGGCAAGUCAAUUGCACCAAGCGGAGCGU